AUGGCCUUCUUCACUUCCGAGAAUCUCGCUUUCAUAUUUGGCUUAUUAGGCAAUAUAAUAUCAUUUUUGGUAUUCUUGGCGCCGCUGCCAACUUUUUACACGAUUUGCAAGAAGAAAUCAUCGGAAGGAUUCCAGUCGAUACCUUAUUCGGUCGCAUUUUUCAGUGCUUCUUUACUGCUUUAUUACGCUGUCCUUAAGACGAAUGCUUAUAUGAUUGUUAGCAUCAAUGCUAUAGGAUGUGUCAUCGAAGCCAUUUACCUCGCCAUCUAUAUAAUAUACGCUCCCAAGAACGCCAAGAUUUUCACAAUAAGGUUUAUUCUCCUAUUCAAUAUCGGAGGUAUAGGGCUUGUCGCGGCAGUUUCAUUGCUAGCAGUCGAAGGUCCGAAAAGGGUGUCCUUAGUCGGAUGGAUUUGCGCCAUUAUCAACUUAGCUGUAUUUGCAGCUCCUUUAAGCAUCAUGAGGCGGGUGAUAAGGACGAAAAGCGUGGAGUUCAUGCCGUUCACUCUAUCAUUCUUCCUCACCCUCUGUGCCACUAUGUGGUUUUUCUAUGGAUUCUUUGUCAAGGAUUACUACAUAGCACUGCCAAAUGUCCUCGGAUUUUUAUUCGGAAUUGCUCAAAUGAUUCUGUACUUAGUCUACAAGAAUGCAAACAAAGACGACAAGACGAAGGACUUUGAGCUCGGGCCGAACAAGGAUAUCGAAAAGAAUGUCGACAUGAACGAGGCUUCGGUUCCACAAAGCGCGUCCAAGUGA